AUUAGGGCACACAGUCAAGCCCUCUGUUUCUCUUUCUUCUAUUCCUGCUCUCUCUCUCGCCCUCUCUCUGCACUUUUCUGUCUCCAUAAGCAUGCACUGUGAAUUACAACAUUUGAGGAAGAAUUAAUUGGUUCUAUCGCUUCAAGAGAAAACGUUGGAUCCCUCUUUGUUUGCAUCAUUUUUCUUUGAUUUUAGAACAAGAAUGUGUAGUUCUGGUUUUGGGUUUGCUUUAAAAUGACCUAAUAGUCGAAUUCAUCUUUUUCCUUUACUUGGAUGGUGAGAUAGCAGAGUACUACAAGUUGAUUCAGACAUUAUUAGUUACGAAAGCUCUGACUUUGCAGUAUUCUCAGCAAUUUGUUUGGGUGAGUGAGCAUUUUUGUUGCUGCCGUAUGUCUAUGAAAUAGUAGGCAUAGGAACAUAAGUUAUAUUCUCUGGUGAUGGAUCUACGGAGUUGCAGUCAGUUGCACUUUAUCCAGGCUAUCGUGGGUGGUUUGGUGAUAAAAGUCCGCAAUGCAGAUUCUCAUGGAAGGCCUGCUCUUGUGUUCAAGAAGUUGAGAGAUAUAUAUGAAAGUGAAGAUGCCAAAAAUCCUAAUCCAGUAUCUACACUUAAAACACAUGAUAGAUAUGCGGAAAACUUAUGUCUGCCCAAAGCAGAAAGGAAAAUGAAGAGAAGAGUCCUUGAAACAGAUGAGUUUAGUUGCAGCGUCAGUGAUAAUGAAACAGACAAUGACCUAGAUGAUGUUAGUUUUGGAAAAAUAACACUAAGACAGCUUAAGGAGAGGUGCAAGACAAAGAAAAGAAAGGUUUCAGAGUCGGUUUGUUUGACUCCAACACAAGAUAAUUCUACUUUGCAACUGGAGGAAGAUGAAAUUGAUCUUAUGAAGACUCUCAAUUGUUGGAAAUCAAAGCUUUCAAAGAAUUUGAUGGUGAAAAAGAAAUGUGCAAAGAAACAUGUUUCUAUGUCUUCUGAAAAUGCCUUUUCAGUUAAAUCUGAGCAAAUUACAAGUGCUGUAGAAUCCCUGCAUUCUGGUGGGGAUUUACCCACUCCUGUUAGUGUCAAAGUUGAGGUUUCUAGAUCUGAGCAUGGCGCUUGCCAGAAUAUGACUGAUGUUCCUGAUGAUUCCUUUUCAGAGUCAGUUGGUUUGACUCCAGCACAAGAUAAUUCUAUUAUGCAACCGGAGGAAGAUGAUCUUGAUCUUAAGGAGUCUCUAAAUUGUUGGAAAUCGAAGCUUUCAAAAAAUUUGAUGGUGAAAAAGAAAUAUGCAAAGAAACAUGUUUCUAUGUCUUCUGAAAAUGUCUUUUCAGUUAACUCUGAGCAAAUUACAAGUGCUGUAGAACCCCUGCAAUCUGGUGUGGAUUUUCCCACUCCUGUUGGUGUCAAAGUUGAGGUUUUUGUUCCUGAUAAUUCCUCUAUAGGUUGUAAUGAGCAAGAAGUUUUUUGUCAAGCUGUAUCCACUGAAAAUAUGGAGACUGUCAACUGUGAGAAAAAGAUUAUGGAACCAGCAUCCCUUACAGAAGAAUGCCAGAAUUGCAUUCUUAAUGAAGUGUCCUUUGAUUAUGUAGUACCAGAAAGGCUCCUUUCACCUAGAAAGGUCAUUUCUCCAACUUCUCAGGAAAGGUUAUGUGAGGCCAUGGAUUCUGUAGAGUUAAACACCGACAUAAAACAUUAUAAAUGUAAGUGGAAACUUUCCCUUGGGAAACAAACUGAGAAUAAGACUUCAUCAGUGGAAUCAGAUCUCGACAAUGCUGAAGUAACAAUAAAUCCUGAGGGGCCUAAACAGUUUAAUCGGAAAAAAGUCACUGUAAACCCCAUGCAGAUUAAUAAACUGAACAAUGACAAGAAAGGUUCUCCACCUAAAAGCACAGUCAAAGAUUCCUGUCUUCAGCGUUCUCCACCUCAUGGUAGUACGUAUACAUCUGUCAAAAAUUGUUCAGAGAGUGCCAUUGCAUUUUCACAGCGGCAGAUGCAUGACAUUGAAUCUCUAGCAACAAAGCUUAUGAAAGAAUUGAAAUUCAUGAAGGACAUUGUAGAAGGAAAAUUGCUCUCUGAUGCAUCCCCAAGCCCCACUGUGCCCACCGAAUAUCACGAGGUGAAAGAAGCUAUAAAAAAUGCAACAAAAGUUGAAGAAACAUCAAGAAGGUGGCUGUCCAUGAUGGGCAGGGACUGCAAUCGUUUCUGUAAAAUCAUGAGAUUGUCCGAGAAGAAUGCUGCUGCUCCUGAAAAUGCAAUUCACAAGGAGAGGAAAAAGAUUACAUUUGCUGAUGAGGCUGGUGGGGAACUCUGUCAUGUGAAGAUUUUUGAGGAUGACAUUGCUUUUCCGGACUGUGAAAGUGAAACACAAGUACUAGACUCACAUACGUCGGGAGCAAAUUGCUGAUGAUACAUACCUUAGCAUUUAUAAAUGCCGAUUCCAUGCUUGAACACAGAAAUGGGGAAACCUGGACUCUUCUGGGGCUUCAAUAGCCAGCACUCUAGGUAUGUGCAUCGAUUGUGACGAAAGUUUGAAAAUGCUUGGUAAUUCUUUUUAGAAAUGCCAUCCUCAAAUUAUCUCUCAUGUAUUUAAUCAGAAAUGACAAAAUUUGGAAAUGCUUGUAUUCCCGUGGAUUCAGUUUUGUGUUCUUGUACCGGUGAAAUCUUCAUUGUAACGUAACAGAAAUAAUAUCUUUGUUGUUUUUCUGUUUCAGAAAUAUAAAUUAUUACUUUA